CAUCCACUCACCCACCCCCCACCAUAUCUUCCCCCACCCACACGCCACCCCGCCGAGCACCUAGUCGUCGCCGUCGCCGUCGCCGUCUGCUUCGCCGGCGGCCACCAACCCCAACCCCGGCCGCGCGGGCGGGCGAGGCGGCGCAUGACCGGAGCCGGCGAGGCGGCGCCGAUGCGGCGGCGUCUCACGGUGCUCCCCCUCAUCGCGCUCAUCUUCUACGACGUGUCGGGGGGCCCCUUCGGCAUCGAGGACUCGGUCCGCGCCGGCGGCGGCGCGCUGCUCCCGAUCCUGGGGUUCCUCGUCCUCCCCGUGCUCUGGUCGCUCCCGGAGGCGCUGGUCACCGCGGAGCUGGCCUCCGCGUUCCCCACCAACGCCGGCUACGUCGCCUGGGUCUCCGCCGCGUUCGGCCCCGUCGCGGCCUUCCUCGUCGGCUUCUCCAAGUGGGCGUCGGGGACGCUCGACAACGCGCUCUACCCGGUGCUCUUCCUCGACUACCUCCGCUCCGGCGGGGGGGUCGCCCUCUCGCCGCCGGCCCGGUCGCUCGCCGUGCUCGCGCUCACCGCGGCGCUCACCUACCUCAACUUCCGGGGGCUCCACCUCGUCGGCCUCUCCGCGCUCGCGCUCACCGCGUUCUCGCUCUCCCCGUUCGUGGCCCUCACCGUGCUCGCGCUCCCCAAGAUCCGCCCGUCCCGGUGGCUCGCCGUCGACGCGCGCGCCAUCGAGCCUCGCGCCUACUUCAACUCCAUGUUCUGGAAUCUCAACUACUGGGACAAGGCCAGCACGCUCGCCGGCGAGGUGGACGAGCCGAGGAAGACGUUCCCCAAGGCGGUGUUCGGCGCCGUGGGCCUCGUCGUCGGCGCGUACCUCAUCCCGCUCCUCGCCGGCACCGGCGCGCUGCCGUCGGAGACGGCGGCCGAGUGGACGGACGGGUUCUUCUCGGAGGUUGGGGGCCGGAUCGGCGGGCCGUGGCUGCGCGUGUGGAUCCAGGGCGCCGCGGCGAUGUCCAACAUGGGGCUCUUCGAGGCCGAGAUGAGCAGCGACUCGUUCCAGCUCCUCGGGAUGGCCGAGAUGGGCAUGAUCCCGGCCAUCUUCGCGCGCAGGUCGCGGCACGGGACGCCGACGUACAGCAUCCUUUGCUCGGCGAUGGGGGUGGUGAUCCUCUCCUUCAUGAGCUUCCAGGAGAUCAUCGAGUUCCUCAACUUCCUCUACGGCCUCGGGAUGCUCGCCGUGUUCGCCGCCUUCGUCAAGCUCCGCGUCAAGGACCCCGACCUCCCGCGCCCGUACCGCAUCCCCGUAGGCGCCGCGGGCGCCGCCGUCAUGUGCAUCCCGCCCGUCGCGCUCAUCACCACCGUCAUGUGCCUCGCCUCCGCCAGGACGCUCGUCGUCAGCGCCGCCGUGGCCGUCGCCGGAGUCGCCAUGUACUACGGCAUCGAGCGCAUGAAGACCGCCGGCUGCGUCCAGUUCCUCGCGCCGGCGCCGCCUGACAGCCUCCACGGAUCAUCGUCCUCCGCGGGGUCCGACGACGGCAACGACGUCGAGGACGUCCGCGCCGUCCUCCUCGCCGCCGCCGACGAGGAGCACGCCGGGGAAGGUGCGAUCAGUGUCAACAAGGACAACUAGUGUACAGUGAUUUCUCUUCAGUAAAUACUACAUAUAUAUCUACAGAAUUGCAGCAGAGUACAGUGAUCAUUGUGUUUUCGUCAGGAGAUUGUUGUGAUCUGUGAAUCCUAAAACAUGGGAGCACACCUUGCACAUGUCAAAGAUUAAUUUGCCUCAGAGUGAAAUACAAUUUAGUUAAUUAAGUAGAUAUAUCUUUCUUUGUGUGAUGCAUAUUAUAGCAGAGCAGUCAGAAACUCAGAAAUGAGUUGAGAACAACUUGUGGCACUUUCAGCAGAUAACAGCAAUUCUGUUGCAGAGUUUCAUCUAGCUUCAUGUUUCAGUAAAGCAUAACAGCUUCAGCUUUCAGAGUUGAGAUACUGAUUCUACUGCAAGUCUGCAAUUGCAGUUCAUCAGUAAUUAUACUGUCAGUUCUGAACUCCCCAUUUAUUUUCAUCACAUCAUUGUGAUCGGAUUAUCUGAACCCUGAAAUUCAACAUUCCUCCUGAAGCAAUAAGAAAUGGACCUUGC